ACCAGGCCUCUCUGCGCAUGCUCCGCCUCGGGGCUCCCACCUCGCUUUUUCUCGCCGGGGUGCGGAUCGGGCGUACGGACUGAAGCUGGUGCUCCGGUCCGGAAUCAUGGCUGUUCCCGUUCGAGUCGUUUAUUGUGGCGCUUGAGGCUACAAGUCCAAGUAUCUUCAGCUUAAGAAGAAGUUAGAAGAUGAAUUCCCUGGACGCCUGGACAUCUGCGGCGAGGGGACGCCCCAGGUCACCGGUUUCUUUGAAGUGUUGGUAGCGGGGAAGUUGGUUCACUCCAAGAAGGGAGGCGAUGGCUAUGUGGACACGGAGAGCAAGUUUCUGAAGCUGGUGGCCGCCAUCAAAGCCGCUUUGUCUCAGGCCUGAUGGGCCCUGAAGGCAGAGUCUGAAGCCCCCUCCCCCCCUUCUCUCUGCGCAGUCCAGUGACCUUGGCCCAGCCCCUCUCGGCAGACGCUUCAUGACAGGAAGGACUGAAAUGUCUCGUGGACGCCUGGUCCUUCCCUGAUGUUCUCACGGCUGCCGGUUGGGGUAGAGAUGGACACCCCUGGUCUUUGCCUGUGUGUGUGGGAGUGUGCGUGUGUCCCCAGGGUCUAACUUUGCACGCUGGUCCUGCUUCUUCCUUCCUUUCCCCCACAUCCCUCAUCUCCCUGCACCCCCCCAUGUCUUCCUUCUACCCUCUGGUGUUUGGGGUGGUCCUGCUCCAGGCUUCCUUUUCAAGGGGAAGCCGAGAGCGGGGUUAGGAUGAGUGAGUCUCAGAUUUCAGCAGUGAUUGCAACGCUCACGACUCAAUAAAUGUUGAUGAGGUUAACAAAA